CCGCCCUCUCCGCUGGCUCCCUAUCACAGGCUGUUUUGGCAACACACAUACGCGUGGAGCGUCCGUCCACCUCCAGUCUCCUUUUACGCACCGAUUAUGCGCGCAGGUACAGGGACUCGAACUGCUCCGCGUCCGGCCGCUGCACUGCGCUUUUAACCCCGCAACACACGGACCAACAUGACACAAGUGGAUGUAGAAGUCUGACAGGCGCGUUUCUUUGUGGAUCAUUCUGCCGCUUCCUCCCCGGUUUUUUUUUUUUUGUUUUUUUUUCUUCUUCUCUCCCGUCCUCCUCUCCCUCCCUCCUUAUCUCUCUCGCUCUCUGCCGGAGCGUCAGCAUGGAUGUCUUGGCGAACCACGGCAUCUUUCAGGAACUUCAGCUCGUCCACGACACGGGCUACUUCUCGGCCAUGCCGUCGCUGGAGGAGAACUGGCAGCAGACCUGCCUGGAGUUGGAGCGUUACCUGCAGACGGAGCCCAAGCGUCUGUCAGAGCUCUUCGACCAGGACCUGGACGGCCUCCUGACUCCGGCCUACUUGAAGGAGGACGGCGAAGAAGACCUGCCUGAGGCUCUGCUCCCAGGCCUCCCUGAGCCUCCAAGCCCACCUACAGUCACCCUGUGUCCAAUGAGGCAGAACUUAACCUCAACAAAAGACCUCAAACCCAAAGGGCAAGGGCCAGAAACUUCAGACGGAACGGAAGAGGUCCACCUGGCCCAGCUGAGUGCCGUCACCUCUCUAACUCCCCCGUCUUCUCCGGAGCUGGGCCGGCACCUCGUCAAACCCAGCCAGACGCUGACGGCCUCCGCGGACGGGACGCUCACCUUGAAGCUCGUGGCCAGGAAGGUGGGGCUCAGCGCUGCCCGGCUAGUGACGGGACACGCGCUUCCGGUCCAGGUGAAAGAGGAAGAGGAAGGAGCGGCGUGCCUGAUCGGGGGAGAGCUACCAGAGAACAAGAAGAGGAUCCACCGCUGCCAGUUCAACGGCUGCAGGAAGGUGUACACCAAGAGCUCCCACCUGAAGGCCCACCAGAGAACGCAUACAGGUGAGAAGCCGUACAAGUGCUCAUGGGAGGGCUGCGAGUGGCGAUUCGCCAGGAGCGACGAGCUGACGAGGCACUACCGCAAACACACGGGCGCCAAGCCUUUUAAGUGCAACCACUGUGACAGGUGCUUCUCGCGGUCGGAUCAUUUGGCACUGCACAUGAAAAGGCACAUCUGAGGAGUCGGCGAGAGGUCGAAGGGAGCGAAAGGAGGAGAUGGACUAUCGACAGCUGGAAACUAACAAGAGGAAGACAGAAAGGAUGGAUUUGGAAGACACCGGGAGGACCAGGUCAUAUGCCGAACUGAGAUCAAACCUUUUUGGUCCACUAAUACAGAAUGGCAACACCCUAUCUAUGACUCUCCAAGGGUUUGGGGGAGGACGUCAUGGCAGCUCUUUGUUUUCAUCAUCCGACGAGUGAUCAAGCCGCAUCGCUCAGCAUUUGUACAGUCACACGUUUUCAACAUUCCUACUCUUCAGAAAUUCCACAUAUUCAAAAAGAUUUUCAGCAUUCAUCUUGUCAAGCCUGCCACAGCCUUUAGAAUCAUCCUUAAGAGUUUUGGGCAAACGCCAAAUGGAUCUUUCUGCUCUUCUGGCAUUGGAGUCCUCAGAGACAUGUUGCACCGAUGUGUGGUCGUUCUGUUGCACUGACUUACCCCACCUCACCCCAGACCAACGUCUGCUGGGACAAACGUAUCGACUCCGGGAACGUCAGAGGAAACUGACCGUCUGGAGAGAUGUAAGGCAGCUUUCUAAGAGUGCGUUUCCUUCUUGAGACCUUAUCAGUUGUUGACAAAAACGGUUGCACAAUUGACUCUUUCCAACUUUUUGUAAAAAAAAAAAAAAAAAAAAGGAAGAAGAAAAAAUAUUAAAAAAAACAUUGCAGUGUCCAAAUGAAACUCUGGCUUUCGUGUGCCACCUGAGCACAAGUUCAAGCCGCUAGCCCACUUCGAUAGCACACCGAACACAAAACGAGAUCACUAUGUAUUUAAAGGCUAUAUUGUUUCUAAACAGAUCCUGUAACUCUUUUGAAAAAGAACAUUUUAAAUGGACACGUCACAGGAGAAGAACUCACAGGAAAUGGAUGCAGCCAGAAGGAAAGAAAAGGCGGAUGCCUGAAAUGAUCUCUUUGGGAUUUGAGAGUGAUUGGCACCAACCAAGCCGCUGGUCUAAGACGAUCCAGCUCACAUUCCUGCAGAACUCUUCCAAUUAAGCAUCUCUUUGACUUGACUUCAAAUUUAAAAAAAACAUGUAUUGGACAUCUCCCUAAAUUUGGCUCUAUGUACAUCCAAGAAGAUUUCUGCUGACUCCCUGACCAGCAUGUAUGUCGGAAUGCUGAUAUUUUCCCCCGCAGGACUGACCCUUAGGAAGGCACAUUCAAUCAAUCAAUUGGGUCCUGUCAGAGAAAAUCAAUGUGAAUGUAUCUGUUGCAAUCCUGGCCAUUUUUGCAAGACCCAUUAAAACACUGGACAAUGGUGGGGGAGACCAAACUAGACAAUGUUUCUGUUCUUUUUCACGUUAGGGGAAAAAGGACUGGACUCGGAGAAACUGGCUGGUCACAGCUGGUAGCUUUUGACAUUUUACCGGCUCUCAUGGACCAGCAUGAGUGCAGAUUUUCAGUGGGUGGCUAGAAUGGGUUAGGGGAGGUUGGAUCUGCUCAGUCAGCAAUGGUAAUUGCCCCAUCAGCUUAUGUAACUGUGGCAGAGCGAAACCUGCACGCACAACGAGUCAAACAUCCACACCAGGAAAACUGCAAUUAGCGUUUAUAUUGUGUAACAUAGCCCAUCAUGUCAAAGAGAAAUGACUAAAACACAAUUCUUAGAUGUCUUAAAUUCACAGAUGCAUUUGAGAAGGAUAUAAGAUGGAUACAAGCUUGGAUAUCAGUUGAUUAGCUUUGACUUUGCUGGUUUAUUGCCUUGAAGGAAAAGUCUUCAGAGUAAAAGGUCUGUGUCAGAGUUACAGCUCUAAAGAUAUGUGUUGGUGGGAUGUAGCUGAAAUAAGUCACAUAAUCCUGAUCUAGAAAACCAAACUUUAGAGUUUUUGAAGGGACAAAGAAGACUGAAAACCUUAAAGCACAAAUUUGCCAGCUAGCACCAGCUGUUUUAAAGAAAGGCCAAAUUAUGAAAAUGUUUAGUCCAAAAGCCUGUGUGUUAUGCAGAUUACAGGACAAUUGCUUGAGCCGUCUUAGGAAAAUCUUAUCGUCUCAUAUUGUGAAACUGUUCUGAUUAGUUUUAAAAGAUAACACUGUUUAAGGUGUCCAAUGUGUGGACAGGAGUAAUGUCAGGAGUUGAGGAAGGUAGGACGAGCAGAGUUGGCAAGUGUGAAGUGGGGAACAGCAGAACAAAACUUACUAGUUUUUGUGGCUGAUGUGUAGCAGAUUAUAUUGAGCGUGGUGGCCAUCUUGCAAGAACUCUGAAAUUACCAUUUUACAAAUCCACUGCACAGAUUACCACAUAAAACACUUUUUUUUUUUUGCUAAUUGUUGUAUCCAAUUUUACUCCAAACGUUAGCAACCUUAGCAAAAAGUGCAGCCGACUCGAGAAAGAAAAAUAUUCUAAACUGGCAGAAACUAGCGAUGCUGUUCAACAUGAUAGCUGGGUAUAACCGUUUGUUUGGUGAAAACCCCAAUUCAAGCUGGUUGAAGGUUUGUCGAAAGGUUUACUUUUUAUUUGGCUAACAUGACUUAGAAUCAAGUAUGCCAGGCUGCAGUUUGAACUUUUGGGUGGAGCCAAUGUAGGCGGAGCUACAGGAUUUGGCACGCCCCUUAAAGGUCCUACCAAGUCCUAGCUAAGAAACAUUCACGGACAAAUAAUUCAUAUUCAUACUUUCAAAAACUAUAAAAGUGAUACAUUUUACUCUGGAGAUUUUGAAAAACAACAACUAACUUAUUUAUUUAUAUAUUUAUUUAUUUCAAUAUUUUUUGCUAAGUCUUCAAGGCCAUCCACGCUGCAUUUUCUUCAUCAUAUGUGCAAAAACACAAUAAAGCAAAGGCUGUAAACAUUUCAAAUUUCAAGCAGAUUUGCUGUAGUGUAAUUUUCUGACUGUACAUGAAAGAGGAAACGAAGAAUGGCAGUUUCACCUUUUCUAUGGUGACUGCUGACCAUUGAUGGCAGCUCUAUGUGUGUGUUUCAGUAUUUAAGUUCGAUAUGCUUCUAUUGAAUGAAUCUGUGUUUAUAUAUAAGCUGGAGACUGUUCCGCAUCGAUUGAAAUUGUGGAUUUAAACAAGAACAUUGGGGGGCGGGGGGGACUUCAUGUUUGUUUGCUUGACUUUCUUUGAAUUUUUAACAAGAAGCCGAUUUGAAAUGUUAGCCCGCCUCCUUUUGGGGCAGCUGACGGAAACAAAAUUGUUCUCCAGGAGUCGUGGGAAAAUGAAAUCUCGAAAUGUGAAUGUGUUUCCUGGGGGGGAGGGGAGGAAGAAAAAAAAAAGUCUUUAUGUCGUCUCUGAAGAUGCGUUUACGUUCCGUGUCAUCUUAAGGAUUGAUUCAGUUCUGCUGUGCCUGUGUGUUCUUCGUCUGUGUUUUUGCACUCUGACUUUUUUUUUUUUAUUUCAAGAGAAAACAAAAAAUCACUUGCAUAUCUGAUGUUUUUGUUUACCCGUCUACAGUCCUAACAACCAUCCUCUACCAUGAUCACAAAGUCUGUACAGUAGGGUUUUUUUUUUUUUAGCACUAUAUCCACACACUGACGCUGACACUCUGUAAACACUUUUCACCAACACCUAUAGACGCAUACUCUGCUCAUUCCUCGUAUUUUUCACUGAUUUAAAGAAAAAAAAUUCUUUCAUUUGAGGCUGCAGCUCGAGCUUUUUCUGCAGAAUGUGCGGGGGGGGGGUUACAUACAUUACUAUGUGUGACACCACCUCCGUUUCCACCAGGUCUGAAUUUUAAAUCAAACGCACCUCCCCUUUUUCUACCAGCACACUCUCUUUUCCCUCCAUUUUCCCCGACACGAUCCCUUUUCCCCUCUCUAUUGUCCUUCUGUUUGUGUUCCUCUGUACAAAGUGUUUCAAAUUUAUCAUUUGUAUAUUAUGACGUAUGGGUACGAUAAUGUUCUUUAUUAUGGAAAAAUGAGAAAGAUUUAUUUUUGUUACCGGUUUGUUUCAUAAUUCCUUUUUUAAAUUGGUAUUGUAAUAUCUCUAUGCAAGGAAACUGUUCAGUGAAUCGUUUUUAUUUAAGAAUGUAAUUACGUGUAAUAAAUGGUAGAAGCAGUUUGGGAUGGA